GGUUCGAUAACCUUUACCAAAUAUUUCAAUGGAGAUGGGAAUCUUCGAGUCUCGUAUAUUACUUUCGCCAAUAGGGUACCUCCGACUACCAAACUUGUUAUUAACUUAAAGAAUCUUUCCACAUAUAAAAGGUAGCACUCUUUGCGAAACAAGCUCAUUAUCGGUUACAACUUCACCGAAUAAUAUCUAAAUUAUCUCGAUCCGACACUGCGUCGAGCAAGCAAGCAAUUCCUAUUACUAUCUAAACCCAACUUUCACACGAAAAUUAUGGCAGGCUACUUUGUUAUUGCACUGGCCGCCCUCGCCAUCCUAGCUCCUGCGGCAUCAACUGCACCCCAAGUCGAAUCCUUCGCCCCGCUUCAGCUGGACCGCCUCAAUGACACCGUAACGAUAUCCCCGGUGCUGAACGGCUACGAAUUUACGGAGCACACGAUACUUGUGAGCAUCGGCAAUCCUCCCCAGGUCUUGAACAUGAAACUCAGCACAACUCACGCCGACUUUCGAGUGUACAGCGAUGCCAUGCCCAAAUAUCUGGUUAGCCAUCAUAAGCUUUAUAAUCCCGAUGACAGUAAGAGCGCCGAGUGGAUUGAGGGUGCCUACUGGAACGACUCAAAACGAGGUGGUCCUGUUUAUCGCGACAGUGUUGAGGUGGGCCAACUUAUCACGCCGCACCAGGUCGUACAAACGGUGAGGGAAAUUGUUUUGACGGAAAAAAGCCUACGGCCCGAUCGCGAAGGACACGAAGGCGAACUGGGACUCGCCUUCGGCAGCCGCAACCUCGUGGAGCCCGUAAAGCAGAAGACAUGGUUGGAAAACAUGACUGGAGAUUUGGAAGCCCCGACAUUUACGGUGGAACUCUACCACGAAAGACCGGGAAGAUUUACAUUUGGCGCCAUGAAAACACCGUCGUAUAUAAACGGCAUCACCUACACUGCGGUCGACAACGAGGCGGGAUUAUGGGGUUUUACCACCACGGGUUGGGCUAUCGGUGACGGUAUCGUCUACAGGAAUGAAGAUAUACCCGCUAUUAUCGCCCUGGGUAGUCCGUUCACCAUGAUGCCCGAAGGGAUCGUCCGCCGGUACUGGGAAAACGUUGAUGGUGCAAAGCGGGUCGGCCCGGACAAGCAUCACUUUCCCCUGGACACGGAUGUGUGGAUUUACCCUUGCAAUUCGGAACUUCCCGACUUUUUCUAUGGUGUUGAGGACAUCAAAAUCCACGUUCCCAACUAUUUGAUUGGCAUGAAGUUCAAGCGGGACCACACCACUGAAUGCGUCGGCGCGCUGCAGUCCCAUCGGGACGAUAAGACUGUAGUCCUCGGAGACUCAUUCUUGAAGCCAGCUUUCGUCGUCUUCGACGCUGCCAACCCUCCACGCAUUGGUUUUGCCCCAAAGGACGCUGUAAACCGUGCCACAUGAGUGGAAUAAUAUGGGAUACAUUCGAUAUUCCAGUGUAUACCACGUGCAACUCGUAGUAAUACCACCUGAUUGCAGCUAUGUCAUUUCUUUGUUAUGUAAUUAGGGUUUUGGAGGGACCAAGGCGGUGAUGAAAAUGGCAAUAGCAGUUUGUCUUGUGGCUUUUCCGAGGAGUGACGAGGGUUGAAGGUCUUGUUCUUAUCACACAACAUAGACACCUGACGAAGACAACCCUAGGGAUAUAGAAUACUC